CCUGAUGUACAUUUUGUCCAUUUUUCCUCUCUAACAUGCAACACUGAAGCUGUGACCAUUUUCUCUCUCACUUUGGAAAUCCGCAGCGAUCGAUGGCAGGUUUAGAAGAUCAGUUGUGUUGUGUUUUGUUUUUAGGGACAGGCUGAACGGCUCUGCAGGACUUAAAGGGUGGAGAACAAAAAGAGGGAAAAAAAAAGAAAAAGCUUUUCAUAGGGAAGUUAAUGUGGGGUUUUGCUCAUCUACAAGUCUAAACGACUUAGUCGAAUGAUAGAAGCUCUGCAUUUUUUUUUGUGUCUGUAAUUCUCAGAGACAGAGAUAUUGUUUUGUAGCAGCCAUCCAAAAAAAAAAUCUGUAGUAAUAUUGAAGGAAUCGGAGGAUAAUGAGAUUUAAGACUCAAGGAAUUGCAAUGAGGAGGAAAACCAUCUUAAUUGAUUGUCUUUGGGCCUGGACAGUAAUUUUAAACACAUUAACAGAAAUAAGUUGUGGACAAAGCACGCAGGAUGAGAUUAGAGACAAUACCACAGUGUUCACAAGGAUCCUGGAUCGUCUCCUAGAUGGCUAUGAUAACCGCUUAAGACCGGGAUUGGGAGAGCGUGUAACUGAAGUGAACACAGAUAUCUUCGUCACCAGCUUUGGACCGGUUUCCGAUCAUGAUAUGGAAUACACAAUUGAUGUAUUUUUUCGACAAGGCUGGAGAGAUGAAAGACUCAAAUUCAAGGGCCCCAUGACAGUCCUCCGUCUUAAUAAUUUAAUGGCAAGUAAGAUAUGGACGCCAGAUACGUUUUUUCACAAUGGAAAGAAAUCAGUGGCCCAUAAUAUGACCAUGCCAAACAAACUCUUACGGAUAACAGAAGAUGGGACUCUGCUUUAUACAAUGAGACUGACUGUGCGAGCAGAAUGUCCAAUGCAUUUAGAAGAUUUCCCAAUGGAUGCUCAUGCCUGCCCCCUAAAGUUUGGAAGCUAUGCUUACACAAGGGCUGAAGUCGUGUAUACCUGGACCCGAGAACCAGCACAGUCUGUUGUCGUUGCUGAAGAUGGCUCUCGGUUAAAUCAAUACGAUCUGCUGGGUCUAAAUGUGGCAUCUGGAAUUGUUCAAUCUAGCACAGGUGAAUAUGUUGUCAUGACAACCCACUUUCACUUAAAAAGGAAGAUUGGAUACUUUGUAAUUCAAACCUACCUGCCAUGCAUUAUGACAGUUAUACUAUCCCAAGUGUCUUUCUGGCUCAACAGAGAGUCUGUUCCUGCAAGAACUGUGUUUGGUGUAACAACAGUACUUACCAUGACCACACUGAGCAUCAGCGCCAGGAAUUCUCUUCCAAAAGUAGCCUAUGCCACUGCCAUGGACUGGUUUAUAGCAGUGUGUUAUGCAUUUGUAUUUUCAGCUUUGAUUGAAUUUGCAACUGUGAACUAUUUUACAAAGCGAGGGUAUGCAUGGGAUGGAAAAAGUGUAGUUCCAGAGAAGCCAAAAAAGGUAAAGGAUCCUCUCAUAAAGAAGAACAACACAUAUGCUUCAGCAACAGCCAACUACCCACCCAUAGCCCGAGACCCUGGUUUGGCAACCAUUGCUAAAAGUGCAACCAUAGAACCAAAAGAAAUUGAACCAAAACCAAAACCUGCAGAACCCAAGAAAACGUUCAACAGUGUGAGCAAAAUUGACCGACUAUCAAGAAUAGCUUUUCCUCUCCUAUUUGGGACCUUUAACUUAGUCUACUGGGCAACAUAUUUAAAUCGGGAACCAGCAAUCAAACCAUCAACACCACCUCAAUAACCCAUCAACUCAUAUCCAUGUUCUGUCUUUUGCACUGGGAAUUGCUUCCAGUAUUUAAAUCGGAAAAUUCCUAUUUGCCAUAUUACCUCUGUCUUAAGGAAUUUGAAGGUUUGCGUAUGAAACAUAGUUUUAAAAAAGAAAAAAAAUAGAAGAGGCCACUGCUUGAUGCCACGGUACAAAUAUGUUGUUUGUCUAAAACAAGAGGUAUCUGUGAAUCCUGAACUGGACAUGUGAAACUAGACAAGAGUUUAAUUAGUAGCAUGUCGUUGAAAUACCUAGCAGAUAGAGAUGUGCCCUGUUCACCAUAUCUACAAUUUAUAGUUUACAGGGAUAUAUGUUAUAUAUUUAAAAUAUGACAGUAAUAUACUGUAAAUACAGGAACUCUGUAUUAAACACUACUGUAAGAGUAGUUCUUAAAGUUUAAAUUCAAUGCAAAUGUUUGUUGUACACCAGUAAAAAAAAGUUGUUGACUUUCUGCAUUUUGGUUACUGUUGAACUUCUUUAGUUCUUAUAUUCAGUCAUUUAUCCGUUAACAUGGAAAAAGGCCAACUAUGGAUUAUAGAGGUCUAAAAGUGGUUGAAGUGUCGAGACAUGGUCAUCAAGUCUUGCCAUAAUUAUUUACUAGUGCUUGAUGUUUUCUAAUGCUUUAAAACCCAUAAUCGCACAUGACUUAAAUAAGAAGAAAUGUAUAUUUAACAGAAGCAUUCCCUUUGCAAAACAAUCCAUUAACCACCUGUUUCUUUUAGAAACACAAUUAAUAUGAAUAGUAUGUUAAACAAGUAUAUUGGAAUUUAUUGAAACUACCCCAAAUUCUACAAAUGACACCGCUAGUAUUUGUGUAAUACAUGCAUCAAUGUAGCCAAGAUAGUUUGUUCUUGCUUCAAACAUGCAGCCAUGUACUUAAGAAUCUCCUAUUUUUUAUUUAUUUUUUAAUUCGUUGCAUAUGUUUGGACUUUUGAAGCAAACACAAAUGUUUAGUGAUUUACUAAAUGAAUAAAAAAAAUAAACAAAUGUA